AAAAUAUAAAUGGAUUAGUACUGUCCAUAUUCAUGAUAUUGUAAAUCCUGACCAUUCCUGCUUAAAUGUAUGAUCUGAUAUGACAGGAUGUCAUCCCCUGAUGUACUUAGAAGUCAGAUACACAGACAGACAGACAAUCCUGGGCUCGCAAUACACUCACUGUCAGACAAUGAUGGAAACAGGCUUCAUAGUCAACAAAUAAACUCACAAAAUGAUGAUGCUAACAGAAUUCAUAAUCAGGGAGUGAAUGAAGAUGAAGCCUCACCAAGCAAGCAAAGACGUCUCUCAACUGACAAAUACGGGCUUCCCAUUUGUAAAGAAUGUGACAAAAUGUUCAAGAACAGCUCCCAGCUGGGCCAACACAUGUUGGUACAUAGCAAUAUUCGGAAACACAAAUGUACCUACUGUGACAAAACCUUUAAGCAGCUUAGCCAUCUUCAGCAGCAUGUAAGGAUGCACACAGGAGAGAAGCCCUAUGCGUGUAAGUUGGAGGGUUGUGAGAAAGCGUUCGCACAAAUGGCCAAUCUACAGCAUCAUAUGCGAAUGCACAGCAAAGACGGAACAAAGCCUCACGAUCCAAGUGAAAAGCCAUUUAAAUGUGAUGAAUGCUUCCAGGAGUUUCACACUCAAAGGGGAGUGAACUGCCACAAACAAAAGGCUCAUACGGUGUAUGUCUAUGGGUCUACAAAAGCUAAAAAAGGGCAGAAAAACCAGGCUCCAGAAAACCAACAGAAUGUAGUGACAUCCAGCACUCCCCAGCAAGAGUACCCCGAGGACUACACCAACCCUGGAGCCAGGAAAGACCCCCAUAUCAUGAUGUCCAUGUACAAGGGCAUUAACUCUCACACUAGAGAACCAGAGGCUAGACAGGAUUUGCCUCCCCUUUCAUUGAUCAUGAAGACAGACCCACAGCACAAGGUUAUUUCUCACAAUAUCGUCACAUCAGCCAAUGUGGAACUGCCAAAUAUCCCAGCCAAUGAUGUGUUUUCAGCCUUUCAUCAGUAAACACUAUCCUUACACAUUCAUUUCCCUCUCCCCUCCCCCUUCUUUUAUAUUUUUCACAGUGACAGCACUAUAACUGGUCAUUAUAUAUCGCCAUAGAUCUGAUUUAUGAAGUAUUAAUCAUGUUUGAAUACAUUGUUAUAGACUUAAAAGUUGUCUUGUGUUUUACAAAUAUUUGUUCAAGUAGUUUGUAUUAUCCAGUUUUGUUUUUUGUUUGAAAAAUGUAAAUUAAACAAAAGUCAAAACUGAACAACCAAUUGUAGGUUUAAUCUAUUUUUCUAAAUCAUAGUCAUUUGAAUUCAUUUUUAAAUGUUGAAUAUGAUUCUGUUUUGAAAAGGUUGUAAAGAGCUUAAAACUCUACGCAUUUUUCCUGGUGAAUAUUACCAAGAUUUUGUUUAAUUUUGUUUAAUAAAACUUUGGACUACUAGUCCUGGAAGUCAAAGUUCAUAUCCUUCUGAAUAAAAAAAAUUGUAUGUUCCACAAAACGAUUAUGUCUGGAAACUUAAAGCCAGCCUAUGCCUGUGUGUUUCUGGCAGAAAUUGUGAAUGUUUGAUAACCCUAGAUGGAUUUUUAUUUUACUGGUAUUUUUGAAAGGUUAAACCUUUUGUUCAAAUUUUAAAAAAGGUUCACAUCUUUUUAUUGAAAGCACUUAUUGUAUAUAUAAGAUUAUACUGUGUGUAAAUUCAAAAAUCUGUAAGUUUUGAAAGGUACCCAGAUAUAUUUGUUUGAAUUGAAGUGAUAAAGAACUUGUCCAUAUGCCAUGUUUUUCAUGUUUUGCUCUUACUGCUAGACAUGAUACAGGGUUUAAACUGUUUUGUUUUAUAAUAAAAUGUACUCAAAGAAAAAUCAUUUUAUUAUAUUAUAUUUUCCUGUAAAUUACUUGAAUUUGAUUUGUCAAGAAACAUUUGUUUAAAAAAUACUGUAACCCACUGAAUGGUGAAAUUACACCCUCACGUGUGAUAGAACUUAGCAACAGUCAACAUCGCUUGAUGAUGGAUAAUAUAAAAAAAAAUAUUGACUGCAUUGAAUUUAUAUGUGCUCUUCACCUAUAUUUAUAUUUGUAAAAAACAUUCAGUUGAGUAUAAUAAAUACUGCCUGUAGUUGAGUGUAAUAUUGAAAAUUUUCACCCCUCGAAAACCAUUGUCAGUCUCUGCUGCGCCUCGGUAGACAAUAGGUUUCUUGAGGUGAAAUUUUCAAUGUUACCCUCAACUGGGUGCAGUAUUUAUAUAAUAAUAAAGAUGCAUCUUACUUUAAGGUUGCUUGUUGCCUUUUAAGGUUAAGAUCGAGUGAAGCUUUUGUGAGUGGAUUUACCAUAAAACCAUAAAGAUGCACUUAUAAAGUGAUGAAAUAAAUUACAUUUAAAAUUUUCUAUGGGAUGUAUGCUUUUUUUCACUGCUAUAUACAUGUACUUUUGAAUUUUAUAUAGUGAACAUACAUGUAUUAAGUCAAAUGAAUAUUCCUUUUUUUUUCAUAGUAGAGAAAAAUAGUUUAUUACAUGUUUGCUGAUGUGUGCAAAAUAUCUGAACUUUUUUGACACACAGAAUAUUUUACAGAGGAGCAGAAUUGUAUCUUCUCUGUGUUUUAAUCAUUGUAUCUUUAGGUACCAGCUUCAAGCUUUGUCAUAAUCAGUGUUUGGAAUUAUCUUCUUUUUUUAAUUUAUUAAGGUCCUAGUGGGUGCUGAAAUGACAUAAUAUUUGUAGAAUAGCAUUUCUAGUUUUGUAGAUACAUAUACAGUGUGUUGCUUACCAAUAUGUAAGAAUUUUUUUAACAGUGAAAUAUUAAAUAAUGUCAUUUAAAGUAAAUAUAUGUAUACUUAAUUGUCACCAGCAUUUCAAGUGAUGAAUGUUGGGGGGGGGGGAUAUUUCAAUGGAGAAAUUCUACCAAUUACUUUUUGGACAAAAUUCUAUCACUGACAGUAAUAUUCAGAUGCUUGUGGAAAGAUGUUUUGGUUACCACUAAAAUUAUUUUGAUCAAAAUAUAUGUUCUAAGGAUCUUAUUAGGAGAAUGCAAUUUUAUACUUUUUAGGUCACCUGAUUGCUAUCUGUUUUUGUCUGUCAUUGUGGCUCUAUGUUAACAUUUAAAGAUUUUCAGCUCCUUCACUAGAACCGCUGAACCAAUUUUAACCAAUUUUGUCAGUUGGUAUCUAUGGCUGAAGGGAACAAAAAUUAUGAAAUUCAUAACCCCCACCCCCCUUUUGGUCCUGAAGGGUAGUGUUCGAAUUUCCAAAUUAUUUCUAUGACUGGGGUCCAAAGGACCCUCAGGUAAAUGGUCGACAUGAGUCUUUUCAAAGUAGCAUUAGGCCCAAAAAUUACCAUCAAAUACUUUGGAAAAAUAAGCUUGAAAUUGUUUUCCAACUUUUAUUGAAGAUCUCUUCUAGUUUAUUGUUUGAGUAAAAUAAAUCAAUUUUACAAAGGGUACAGUCACAACUCUUUUUCACAACAACUUUUUUUAUUUUAUACUUCUGUACAGUGUUGUAUUAUACUCUGGUGACCAUUAAGGUCAUUGGUCCUCUUGUUUUAGUGUUAAAGUUUAUUACAUUCACUAUUUCUACAUAACAUUUUUUUUAAGCCAAGACCAAUACUUUUUUUACACUGCACCCUAAUUUUAGGGUACUUUUGUGUAAUUAGACAGACCCAUAAUUUGACACACAAAAAAAUAAAUUAUAAUCUGCAUUCUAUGAUAUAAUUUAAAAUAAAUCCAAGUAUUCUACACAUUAUAUUAGACCAAGAUAGAGUAGUUGAAAACUUUAUUUGCUUGGAUUUUCUCCAUUUGAAAAAGCAAAAUCAAUUUUUCAAGAUUAUUACUUCAUUGUCUUUGAAGAUUUUUCCUGGAUAAAAAAAGGCAGGCUCCCUAUAUUAAAAAUGAAUUAGCUAAUUUCAAAAUAUCCUCCUUUAAACUAUAUAAUUUUGGCAAAGUCUAAAAAACAUUUUUUCAUCAGUGUUUAGAGGGUCCUUAAACCUAAGAAUGUGCUUUUAUUGUACAAGAUAUUUUUUUUUAGAGAAUAAUGUUGUAACUGUUAGACUUUGGUGUUUUAUGACUUCCACCAAAGGGGUUUGCACAUUUUGUUACUAUUUUCUUCACAAACGUUUGCCAAAUCCAUGAACAGCAAGAAUGAUUUUUCGGCAUGGAUUUAAAAAUACAUCAAAAUCUGGGAUAUUUCAAAGGGAAGAUAAAAUUUUGGAAAGAGGGGAAGGGGAGGGGCAUCAGGCUUGUCAAAGGGUUUAGAUAUAAGAUCUGUGUCUUGUUUUUCAAAAAUUAGACCAAGAUUAUUGUUUGCUCUUCUUCUUUUUUUUUUGGGGGGGGGGGGAUGAAGAGACCACAAUAUACACCACAUGCAUUAGGAUUAUGGAAGACACAUGUUUGAAUAGCUUGCAGGGCUAAAAGAUUUUGGAUAUCUGUCUUUUUUUCCUCCCAUGUUAACCUUUUUAGGAAAUAUUUUGUUUUAAAAUAUUGAGUAUAAGGUGCAUUAGUUUAGUUAACAUGGUUUAUUUAUAUGUAAGAUUUUAGCACCCUCAGUUACCAUACCCCACCCCCCAAAUGUGGGAUUCUAUAAGGUACUAGUAUAUGUAAGUAUUAUUUAAUUGUCUUUGCGUUCUAUGCUGUUUAGUGUUUAAUCUGUCUUUUUACAUGUUGCUGUCUUUUACAACCAUCAAUUAUCACUUACUAAUAUGGUUUGUAAAGUUCUUGUGCAAGAUGAGUUGUGGAUAGCAUGCAUUGUAUAUGUAUUUGUAAAAAUACAUUUUAUUAGCAUGAGUACAAUAAAAAGUAGAUAUGA